AUGUCAGCGUGGGGGCCCAUGCAUCCUGUGCCACUAGGCGCGUCGCCACAACACACCUGUUUGUCAUCUGAUGUUGAACGUACUCACAGAGACCCACAUCAGCAAGGAGAAGAAGACUUUGCCGAGGAAGGUUACUGCCUAUAUCCAGAAUCACAGGUAAUGGCUGUUCCAUCAAGCAACACUGAAAUAGCAACUUCUGAUUGCCAUAGCUCUACAUUCCUGUCUCAUAGCAACCACUCGACUGGUUCCAAUGUCUUCCUAUCUGGUGGAAGUGGCGGAGACUUGUUUCUCUCGCACGGUGAAUCGUCUGUUGAGGAAGGUCGAUACUUUUCCUCACCCGGAACAGCGUCUUUAGCAUCUUGUGAAGAUGUUGGUAGAGAUGGGUCCUGGUCUCCAGCAUUUGUGCACACAGCCCAAGUAACAAGCCGAGUUUCAAGCAGUGAUAUCAGUGAUGUCAGUUCCAUCUACGCACUCUCCCCUAGUAGUGAGAAUGCUGCUAUCUUGAGCACGUCUGAACGUGAUGAAGAUGGGCAUGCUGAACCCGACAAAGCACCAGAUUGUUACACAUGCAUGGGCGAAAGUCUGACUGAGGGGUCAAGUAUUCAAGAGGGUCAGACAGAGACAGGAAGUUCAUUUCAUUCAUUACGAUCGAAUAUUUCAUCUAUCAUUGAGGAACGUCAGCGUUUCCAGGAUUCGGAUAAUUGGCCACCAUGUCUCAGCCUCAGCCUCAGCUUUUGUGAUACAUCCUCCGUUGAUGAGAUAUGCGAUUUUGAAUCUAUUGUUCCUCAGGAUGACGACGACAUCCUGUCUCUGAGUGAACUUUGUGCAAACAGCGAGGAGACACAUAUUGUUACUUUCAACGGGGAAUCACAAAGGAGAAGUAGCAUGCUGGUUGACAGACCUGAUAGAACUUUCUAUCCCCUUCAAGACAAAGUCUCCUCACAGUCAAUAGAGACUGCGCUUGAUAAACCUUCAGAUGAGGCAUCGUCAGAGGACCAAGAUUUGGUGAAAGUUGAGCAUACUGGUAAACGGGUGGACCUAUGUCAGACUCUGUCAGAAGAAAAGUGUGUGUCGUUUGUAUCUUCCAACGUGGCAGACACUGAAACACACCAACCACGCCGUGUUGAACUCGGUCCAAUCUCAUAUGACCUAAAUACAUCUAUGACAAUGCCCAACAAAAAGGAAAUUUUAUUUGCAUCCGAUGAUAACACUCGAUGCCAGCUUAUUGAGGAGUCAUUACUGUAUUCAUCUACUCAAUCAUCUCCACACACUUCGGAUAUUGUUUCGCCACACACAUCCUACAGUGGUGGAUUCAAAAGUUCACUUCAGCCUCAGUUAUCAAAUGUGAUUAUUGAUCAUGUGGCCCGCGAGCUUGCUAAAACGGCAAUUGCUGUGUCACUACGGGAGACUGCAAAUGAAUUCCAAAGAAAUAUGUUUAAUGUCAUGCUACAUCCAAUGGAUGAGAGGGGAGCUAAUUAUAAAACAUCGCUUUCAGAGCAAAAGCUAGGAGCUAAUGAAGAGCACAAAACGUCUAUUGAAGACAGCAUUGGCCUUGCAAAGCCACCUUUGAAAUCUUCAUGGAUGAAGAAUGUCAUCAAGAAAUUUGAACCGUGGUAUGAUUUCAAAUCAUGUAUAGACAUAGCUUCCACAAUUGGUGAAACACGUGGAGAAAAGGUCGAACAAGCUGUAGAUGCAAACGAGGGCAAUUGCAGUGAAAAGAACAAAGUCGCAUUAAACAAACCUUGUAAAGAUCGCCUCAUACCAGCAGUGCAGCAAAGUCAAUGUAUAAAACACCCUGAACAGAGGAGUUUCAAUGGAUUUAGCAGUCACAACGAUAACAGAGGUGUAAAGGUGUCUUUAGCUGCAGAUGAAAAUGGGGCUGCAGAAGUAAACUGGCAUCCUAAAGUGCAGUAUCCUGUCUGUAUAACAGAAACACAAAUUGCUCAACAAUUACAGGAUAAGACUGAUUGUGUGCUUCCUGCCACUAACCACAACAUGCAAAGUGAAUCACAAUAUUAUGAUGUAGAUGAAAAAAGUGAAACUUUUGAAACUGAUUCAGAAACUGGAUGCCGUAAAUGUGUACUGCAACCAACUUCACCACUUUGCAUGCCCGCCAAGCCUUCAAAAGCGGAACCACUUGUGAACAGUGAACAUCAACAUUCAUAUCACAGGAAAUUACGGGAUGCGUGCCACGCCGAACAGAAACGAAUACUAGCUAUUCAUUCUUCGCCAAAUACUAUUCUGUGUGAGAUAGAUGGAAAGGUAGGACAUCCCAAAACGUUUGCAACGUAUGAAAGACUUGUCCCAACUGAAGGUAAUUGUGGUGAACUAUCAGGCUCAGAAGAUUGUAAUGUGGUUAAAGUUGGUAGCUCAAAACAGAAAAACAGUUUCUGGAAAAGAAAAAGUAAGAACAAGGCCUGUCUUAAAGGAGAGCAGAACAACUUCUUCAAUAAUAUUGGGUCACAAAAAGGUUUAAUGGAGUAUGCUGUAUACAUUUUGCCAAACAAUAUUCUUGAACAACAGAACUCUGCUACUAAUCACAGUUCGGUUUUUGCUGAAGAAAAAUCAGAUCAGCUGUCACACAAUCUGUCAGGAGGCGCAGACAGGAAAAUAGUAGAGAUAGCAAAUAACAAAAAAGCGAAAAAUAAAAAAAAGCAAAGACCCCCAAAGCCAUAUAAGGGGCCAGUGGAAAAAUGUGGAGAUCCCCAAAGCGUCAUGUCACGUUUCAAUGACAAUGCUGUGCAGGUACACUCAGGCAAAUGGAAUAAAAAAAGUAUUUCAAAGAAGAUGCCUUCUUCAGAUAUUACUUCCACUGCUUCUGGAACAGUAAAUGAAAGCAAGCUACCAAAGGGAAGGUGGUGUAAUACAGGAAUCAGAGACCUGUCUGUCAUCAAGCGUGCCACAGACGAACAUUUGUGUCAGAUAGUAGCUCAGUAUACCAAGAAUUACAUCACUGAAGUUUUAACUGGCAUUACAAGCUUGGCUGAGAAGGGCACUGGCCAUAGACAAGCUCUCAGUAAAAAAGGUCAACUGUCAAAUAGGAAACGUCUACAAACUGAUCUGAGAGAAGACAUGGGCGAUAGUACCUUCUUUGACCCAUCCCAUCAGUCAAACGUAUCUGAUGAGCACAGUGUUGAGGGAAAUAUACCUUUAGAACUCAGUGAAGAAUGUAAAGUAAUGAAAGAGGCUGGAGGCAAUACUGACUCUAAGGAACUUCAAACAGCGAAGUCUAUUCCACCCCUAACGUCAACGAGCACCAUAGCCAAACCUGAGACAACAGCAUACAGUGGCAGCAAUGCAGAGACAAAUUGCCCGAAUGAUAGGCUAAUACACAAUACAGCAUCAGCAUUUGUUGCUGCUUUGGUGUUGUCUGGAAAAUAUGAACAGCUUGCACACAAAGUCUUGUACAGAGCUGAGCAGGAAAUGGCAACAUACAUGAUGCAUUGUAGAAAGCAGCAGAUGUCAAUGUCUUCAAGUAAACCUCUUCCAGCAGCACAUUAUUCUGGGAGUGAAAUCAGGGAAAGGGUCACUGCAGCUGCUCAUAGUCUCAUCCAAAAAGCCUUUGGUCAGUUGCAGAUUAAACUGGAAGAAAUAGGAUUGACGGGCAAGAAUUCUCGACAGAAACAGGAUUCUAUGUACAAACUGGAGGCAUACGAGAUUGCAACUGGUUGUAUUUUAGGGGCAAUGCAUGACAAUUCAUUGGAGAAAGCUUGCCCAAUGCCAGAAUUAUGGCUAAGCCAUACAUCCAGUUCCAACAUCAGAAAGGUCACCAACUCCACUAUUGCCAUCUGCAGUAGUAAACCACAUACGACAGACCACAUAAGUCAGACUUACGUUGCAUCCCAGCUGCCUACCCAGUUAAGAAGCUAUGUGCAUAGUCAUCCGCCCACUUCAGAUGUUUCCCAGUCCCUCCAUCCACAAGGAGGCGCCAGCAGUGUUUCAGCAAAAGACCAUGAUGUACACACUAGACCAAUGUGUCCUUUCCCACGACAUCCUGAUACAGAUUAUGAGCGGUACAAAAUGCUGGUAGAACCUAGCAAGUAUCCCUUGCGUUCUUCCUGUGGACAGCAUGAAAGUGACAUUGAUGAAUGUGACUUAGCUGAGAACCAGGGUAGAUCUAUGGAAGAAAUACCGUGCGUUGACCAAAAUAACACAAAGCCACUGCAGGAACGGUAUGCCUCUCAGUAUUACUCUCGGAGAAUUCAGUGUGCAUUGUGUAAGAAACAGCAAUAA